UUACCCGUCCCAUUCUGUGUGUGUAAUGAACGUAAUCUAAACUGAUGUUUACACAUCAAAUCCCAGACACUAUAGACACUACUCCCAUUUGCUUAAAAAAAAUUGGGUAUAAAAGCGUUGAAGUUCGGUUGUUGGAUUUUCAUUUGAAUUUAUUCCGCAUCAAUUAAAAGUGAUUAGUUAGACUGUGAUUCCGAAUAGUGUGAAAAUGAAAAAUAUCUAUUAAGUGGACAGAGAUUUCAAAAAUACGUGAGCAAUAUAUGUAUUGUUAUUACGAAUUUAAGGAGAUGAUUUCAUGAUAUUUACUGACCGAUUUAUUGAUUCAGUCAUUGAGGUCAUAAUUACUGAUUAUUUAUUUCGUGUGAAUUGUUUCAAUUGAGUCGACAGAUCAGACUAGUUUUUUUUUGUCCACCUGUUGGUCUGCUCAGUCUUCCGUAUCGAGAUAUGAAAACACAUUUAUCGCUUCCGUAUCGGAAACGAAAAACUAGAAUUGCACUGUACAUUCGAAUUGUGUGCCUGAUAUCGAUCCCAUCACUUUGGCUUAUCACAUCCUUCUUUGCAACUAUAAAUGAUGAUAUUAAAGACGUUCAAACUCGAACCAAUUCAUUCAACCGAAAGUUGUUGGCUGUCAACGAUACUACUUUCCUUGAGAACAACGAAACGUCUCCUGCAGUUAAAGCCGAGACGACAACAAUAAUUAAUGAUGAAAUUUCUGCCGUCAGUGAUAAGCCCGCACAGAAAUCAAGAAAUUGCACCAGAGCCGCUAUUUUGGAGUUUCCAUCGGAUGGAUUGAAUCGAAACCAACGAACCCAUGGAUGGAUAGCGGUUCAUAUAUUAAUUGCCUGCUAUUGUUUCUGGCUGUUAGCGAUUGUUUGUGAUGAUUAUUUUGUACCGGCUAUUGGCAUCAUGUGCUUUACUUUAAAUAUGCAAGAAGACGUGGUUGGUGCAACCUUUAUGGCUGCGGCUACAUCAAGCCCGGAAUUGUUCAUUAAUUGUGUCGGCACAUUUAUUACCAAAGGGGAUAUUGGUGUUGGCACAGUUGUGGGCUCGGCUGUUUUUAACAUCCUUGCUGUGCCAGCUUGUUGUGGACUGUUUGCAGGACAGAUCGUAAAUCUGGACUGGUGGCCCGUUAGCAGAGAUUGUUUAAUGUACGGUGUUGCUGUAAUAUCAUUGAUUGGGGUCUUAUAUGAUGGAAUUGUAAUGUGGUACGAAGGGCUGGCAUUAGUUCUCGCUUAUUUCUUUUAUAUAGUCGUAAUGUACUGCAACGAUAUUGUUGCCACCAAAGUCAGAACGAUUGUUUCGAAUUUGAAGAGAAAGCCGAAAGUAAGGCCAUAUCGUGAAGUGACGGAAAUCGCUCCUUUACUGAACAAAGAAGGACAAUCGACUGAUAAAUUUGUUCCAACAACGGAAUUGGAGAAAAUUGACGAAGAAAAUUUGGACGACUUUGCAGACACGCCAUGGAGUCGGUCUGCUAGUACCGGACGCAUAGCAUUCGUAGCUCGAUGGCCAAUAACGUUAGCGUUGUGGUUAACGAUACCAGACUGCCGGAAAUAUCCAAAACUCAGACUGCUCACCUUUUUUAUGUGCAUCGUUUGGAUUGGACUCACGUCAUAUUUCGUAGCGUUCCUUAUCACUGUUGUUGGCGACACCAUUAAUAUUCCAGACUCAGUCAUGGGCCUGACGUUUUUGGCAGCAGGUACUAGUGUGCCCGAGGCAGUGUCCUCGGUUAUUGUAACAAAUCAGGGCCAUGGUGCAAUGGGCAUAAGCAAUUCAAUCGGAUCGAACACGUUCGACAUUUUAUUGUGUCUCGGCCUUCCAUGGUUCGUUAAAUCGUACUUUUUACCGAAUGUGCCCGAUGAGAAAUGGAUUACGCUGAAUUCAACUGGUCUAACGUAUUCAGCGGUUUCGCUGCUGUCGACGUUGUUUGGUCUUUAUAUAUCAUUUGCGGCCAAUAAAUUUCGUUUGGAUUGGAAAAUUGGGCUAACUUGCACCAUCAUGUACAUUGCUUUCCUAAUAUUCGCCAGUUUGGUGGAACUAAACUUCUUCUUCCCUGUUAACUUACCAAUUUGUGAUCAUUAGUUUGUAUUAUGGCGCGAAAGGUUUUCUUUCGGAUGUAAUUAUGUUUAAGAGGUGAAAUAAAAAAGUUU